AGGGAAAAAAAAAAACAUGGCUGCGGCCGUCAGUGCAGCGCGUCUCUGUCGCCUGGCAGGACGGACCGUGUCCUCUCUGUCAGCCAGACCCAGGCGGGCUGUCAGUCUUCCGGACAGAAGAUGCUACAUCUCCACAUCGACGGGAAACAAUCUGCAGUUUAGACUUGAUGAGCGAACAGCCCACAGCAGUCUGGACCUCUUCAAGAAAGACACAGGCGUCAUCUACCGCAUUCUGGGCCUGGACCCAAGCCACGUGCAAGACAACCCAGAGCGCUUCCGAGACUGGGCUGUUGUGUUUGGCGACGGGAAGAUCACCAGCGGACGACACUACUGGGAGGUGACAGUGAAAAAGUCUCAAGAAUUUCGUCUCGGCGUGGCUGAGGCGCAGAUGUCCAGAGAAGAUUGCGUGGGCACCAACAGCUCCUCCUGGGUGUUUGGCUAUGCUCAGCGGAAGUGGUUUGUCAUGACCAGCAAUAAAAUAGUUCCCGUGACGCUGGUGGGCAAGCCGGACCGUUUAGGGAUCCUGCUUGACUAUGAAGCAGGCCUCCUGGCGCUGGUGGACGUCGAGAAGCCCAGGAUCAUUCACACCCUCAGGGCUCAGUUCAAGGUUCCUCUUUGCCCUGCGUUUGGACUUUGGGACGGGGAGCUGCUCACACACUCUGGUCUGGAGGUGCCUGAAGGCCUGAAGUGAAGCGGGAUCAGCCAUGAAGUGAUGAUUGCGUUGGCCGUAAAGGGCAUCACUCUGGGUUUGGUGCAGUGGCAUCACAACAGUAUCUGUAAUAACUGUGCAGGACAGAAAGCAAUGUCUUCCUAGGGAAUCAUUUAAAGCUUAAUUACAGGUGAUGGUUAAUUUUCUGUUGCCCACCUAAUCAUCAUGUCUCUUAACAACACAAGUUCACACGUUGUGUUCUGUCUGUCAUCAAGCCUCAGGCAAUCGUAUCACAGAUGCUGUUUUUGAGCAUAUCAUGUAUUACCUCUCAGACUAAUGGAUGUGAAAAGGAUGUGUGGUUGGUUUUGAGAGCUGCCAGGUUUUUUUUUGUUUUUUUUUGUUUUUUUUACACUGAAUGUUCUGGCAUUAACCAUCGUUAUCAAGCUUAAAUCAUUAAAAAAAAAAAAAGUCAAUCUCAUGUUCAUACUUUAUAUUGUUUAAUAAAAUACCUUCACUGAAA